AUGGAUACUGUAGAUCUCGGACAACGACGAUUCCACAAUCUCAGGAUCGCAACUCCAGCUACUCCUCCUCAGACAUCUCGACUUUCAGAGGGGCUUGCCGCUCAAUCGCUACAGCGGAGGAUCUCUUCGACCCCUCCGAUUUCCGAGAAUGCGUCAACCCCUCCGAUUUCCGUUACGCCGACGAGCAGUGCAACAGUAUCAAGGACAGAUGUGAGCGUGCAUGGUGCGUUUGGCCGGUCGGCAGGCCAGGCUGAGCCGAAGAAAAGUGUUAAUGGUGUUAAUGGUACUAAGAACGGUAUGGGUGUGAGGAGAAAGUCGAUAACUUUUGCCCCAAAUGUCAGACUAGAUUCGGGACAGUCGCUGCCUUUGCAGCAGCCGCUACCUCGGAUCAAAGCUGAUGAAGAAGAAGAGUGUGCUAUUUCGGAAAGCCCAAUAUCUUUACAGAUUUAUGGAUCAUCUCCGCCAAAUGGUUCUCGCAAAUUUUCUUUAACCGAAAUGCGACGAGGGCCGACUUUUGACCUGUAUGACACUAGGUCUGAAGAUGGGGAUGAUAGCCAGUCUUCGAGGGGCGGAUAUGGGUCUUCUGUUGGCUCACCGAUUCGUGAGGAUAGUGUUGAUGGAAUGAGCGAUAGACUAUAUGAAAAAGAUCGAAUUGGAUCUCUGACAUCAGCAAGCACUGCAUCACCUCUUCUCGAUGAAGUCAAAACACCUCCAAAUACCAUCGACUCCUACCUCUCUCCAAUGAACCGUCAUAACCGAAGCCCCUCGUCCUUACAGGACGAGUCUACGCUCUCUCCUUGGCCAUGGAUGAAUUCCGGGAAUGUUCAGAGAUCUAAGAGCUUCUCUGUCGACAAGCCGAGGACCACUAGAGCUCAACGGAAAGCUUCCUGUCCAACUACAAACUCUCCAGCUUCACAGUUCCUCAGGGGCUGGAAGCAAACCAAAAAACCACAACCUGACGAUGAAGGUCAGUCGAUCGGCGAUUACAUUAUUGGAAAGACCAUUGGGUUUGGUGGUUACAGCGUUGUUAAAGAAGCACACACCCUCGAAGAAGGAAAGAAGGUCGUUCGUGCCGUCAAGAUUGUCAAGAAGAAAGUUAGAGAUUCGGAAACCGAGAACGAUGCCAUCCAGGCCGAAUUCGAGCAUGAAGUCAAUCUUUGGCGCCAUCUCGCUCACCAUCAUAUCCUUGGUCUCUUGGGUGUCUACGAUACCCCCUUUGCUUUCUUCUGUAUCACCCGCUACAACAUUGGCGGUACUCUCUUCGACCUAGUUAAGAAGAACAGAGGUGGACUGAAGCUCGAUCUCGUCCGCAAAUACGCCUUUCAGAUUUCAUCUGCUCUCCGAUACCUUCACCAAGAUAUGAGGGUUGUCCACCGUGAUGUCAAACUUGAAAACAUCCUUGUUAACACUGAAGAGGAUCCUUCUGGCCAUAUCCUUCUUUGCGACUUUGGAAUGGCCGAGUUUCUCCAAAGUUUUAACCCGGACGGCGAUAGUGAUGACGACGGGUUCGACAAUCACCGCAACCGACCACCAAUCCAACGUCAUGGCCCAGCCGGCUCUUCUACCGCCAUUGCCGCCACUUCUGAAUCUCCAGUCACAGGAUCUCUCCAAUACGCCGCUCCGGAGCUUCUUCAGUCCGACGUCCCUGUCAUUCAGACCCAUGUUGACAUGUGGGCUCUUGGUGUCACAAUCUACACGAUGACAACUGGUUCACUUCCCUUCCAUCACAGCAUGUCAGCCAUGAUUCAAGAAUUGAUCACCAAGGGAGACUACGAUAGAGAGCUUCUACGAGCCAAAGGCGCCGGGCCUGAGCUUAUUGAGGUUGUUGAGGGGUGUCUCGACAUGAAUAUUCAUCGCAGAUGGGACAUCACUCGAGUUCUCGAGAGCCGAUGGCUUCAUGGACUUGGUGGAUUCAACUUCUAA